CUUGCAAACAUUGCACAAAGCUUCUCAAAGAUCCACGAUUACUGCCGUGUCUUCAUUCAUAUUGCAAAGCAUGUCUUCCGAUGAUUGUAAAACAGAACGAAGAAAUUCUUUGUCCUACUUGCAACGAAAACCAUGGUAUUAAAGAUAUUUCAAACCUUCCCAAAGAUAUGUUAGCUGAAUCCUUAAUUUUACAAGGAAAAACGGGAAAUGAAGAUAAAACAAUGUGCUCAAGUUGUGGCACAGAGAUCGAAGGAAUUACUCAGCGCUGUUUGAGCUGCAGUGAGUUUUUGUGUGGUGACUGUGCUGAUAUACACCGACGUUUACGACAAACAAGAGAUCAUCAAAUCAUUACUCUUCAGCAAAACAAAACAGAAAAUGAGCAAAUUUUUCACCGAGUUUUAUACUGCGAUAAUCAUCUGAAUGAAGAAUUAAGGUAUUUCUGUGAGAAGUGCAAGAAAAUAAUUUGUCGUGAAUGCACAGUUAUAAAACACAAAAACCAUAAGUAUACUUAUACCGAAGAAUCAAAAACAGUGACUGAAAUAGUGGAUAGAAUGAAAAGUAUCGCAGAAAACAUUCGCAGGAAAAUGGAAAAGGCAGAGGAAGCACUUGAUGACGUAAACGUAACAACGGAUCUCAUAACUGCAAGUAUAACUGGACUUAAGAAUAGCAUACGCAGUACUGCAACAGAAAUGAUACGUCACAUCCGUUUAACAGAAGAAGAAAUGAUUCACGAAAUAGAUCGAGUACAAAGUAAAAAAUUUCACGGUCUUAAGAAACAGAAAAAACAACUGGAGCAUGAUUUGCAGUCAUUCAAACAAGCAAUAAAUUAUGUGGAACACGCUUUUAAAUAUUUAUCCAAGAUGGAGCUGUAUAUGGUUAGACAACCGAUAGAAAGUCGAAUGAAUCAGCUGGGCAAGAAAAAAAUUUUUGAGAAUCCAAUCGAAAACAACAAUUUAAAGCAUGUGAAACAAAUAAAGAGAGGACGAAAAUUUGCUCGAGCAUCUCUUGGCUCUCUUGAGAUCAACGACAUGGUUCUUAUUAACGGAUGCCUACGUCAUUCUGAUACUUGCAAUGAAGAAGUAUUUCCUAAAAUUCCAGUUGAGCUGAAAGGGAUUGCAGUUGAUAUACGGGGACCAGGAGGUGAAUUGUUAUGCCCAGUGAAGAAAGAAAGAGAUGAGCCAGGAAACUACGUUGCUGAUUUCCAACCCGAGAGGUCUGGUACCCACAUUGUGAGCGUAACUUUCAAUGGAGAAAUAAUUCCUCCCCUUAUUGAAAUUGACAUUGGCAAACCUGUAUUACCGUCAACGGCUGGAAAUUCCCCAAACACAAUUACACCACGUGAUGUAAAAAGAAACUCCAUGAAACCAGGAGAAUUGUGGGACAUUCAUGGGAUUGCUGUGAACAAACAAGGACAUGUAAUUGUCACAGACUCUAAAUUGCAUAGAGUUCAAGUAUUUGACGAGGAUGGAAAGCAUUUGCACAUGUUUGGUAGUUUUGGAAGCGAAAUAAACGAGUUCAACUUUCCUCAUGGUAUUGUAACAACAAACAAAGACAACCUCAUCAUUGCAGACACUAACAACUCUAGACUACAGAUAUACGACAAAGACUAUAAGUAUUUAAAAAGUAUAAAAUGCGGAGAUGAGCAGGAAGAAAAUAUUCACCCUUACGAUGUGGCUGUAGACAUAGAUGAUAAUAUAGUCACAUUAGAUCAAGAGAAAAGCAUAAUUGCAGUUCUUACUUCGAAAGGAAAAUUACUGAGACAGUUUGGAAGCGUUGGUUCAGACGAAGGAGAAUUUAUCAAUCCAUCAUAUAUGACAGUAAAUAAAAGUGGGCAUAUUGUAGUCAGUGAUUUCGGAAACGAUAGGAUACAGGUUUUUACCAGAACAGGUCAGUUCAUGUUUAAAUUUGGUAAUACUGGCGUAGGCAAUGGGGAACUCCGCUGGCCAACAGGCAUCGCGGUACAGAGAAAUGGUGACAUCAUCGUGGCAGAUUCGUGUAAUAAUCGUCUUCAAGUAUUUCGUGCUGACGGCUCAUUUGCACGUCAUCUUGUAGCCAUGGAUACAAGUAAUAAGAGAGACACAGUUAAAUUACCCCAAGGUCUGGUUGUGGACGACAAUAACGUGAUAUAUAUAGCAGAUUGGGGAAACAAUUGUAUUAAAAUAUACUGAUGUCAAUACCAAGUUAGUUUACGUAUCUUAGAAAUGAAAAUCGUGUUUAUAAUACACUAGAUCAGCCAUAGAGUACAUCAGCGAGUAAAAUCGUAUAAAGAACAGAAACGAAGAAUAAUAAAUACAUCUGGUAUCUUGA